AUGAAUGAUAAGCUUCUGAUUGAACUUCUGGAUGACCUCACAGACCCACAGAAUGAUGAUGUACAUAUACAGAACGUUUUGCUGGAACGAUGUCUCAAUGCAUCUAGAUCGGAACUGGAGGAGUUCGUUGCCGAGUUGCGCAACUCUUGUAUAUAUAUUCCAACCUUGAAAAUCUUCACUUCUCGCCUCUGCGAUGAACCUUUACGUUUCAAUUCUCAGGCAAAGUUGAAUGUCACAAUUCGCAAUCUUGCCUCGCUGUUACUCACCGAUGUCGUCAUGCAGAACCUGAAUCAUUCCGAUACUCCUGGAUUUGGAGAGCUUCUUCAUAACUGCAUCGAACUUCUCUGGAAAUUUCGGGAAAAUAAUCCUGGCUCUUUGACCGAUAAUAAAGGAAACAAUGGGCUCAAUUUAUUCUUUCACACGAUAAAAAUAAUUUUCAAAGCAAUCCUAGACGCACGUGUCCUAGGAAUUUUGGUAACUUCCCCUCCAGGUCGCCGUUGUAUCAAGCGCAUUUUGUUCGAUUUCAGAAUGAUCAACCAAAUUGAACAAGAACAACUUCUUAGUUCAGUGGACAUAGUCGCGUCUCUUGUGGAAAAAUGCUCUGAACACAAGGAAGUCUCGCCUCGUCAGGAAGAGGGAUUUUCUGCGUAUAAGGCCUGCACAGCAUUGUUAGAAACUCUAAAGAGUCAUCAAACUGCGGAAAAAAUUUCGCUGAGUAACAGGAAAAACUCAUUGCCACCCAUGUUGCAUGAUAUGGUUAAGUUUGAUAAUAAGGAAUCUAGGUCUCAACAUUGGAACAGGAAGCGAGCAGCCACUAGCGCCAACAUUCACUCAACGAACUCAGUGUCCAUGUCUAUUAAAGAUGAACAGUACCUCAAUCUAUUGGGGAUGUCGGUACCUCAAAAGCCAACUGAUGUGCACAACUUAUUGCGAGAACUUGAAAAACGGAAAAUGGAUUUAUUUCAG